GGCCCAGUCCCGCCCUUCAGGCCUUGGUCGGGGAGCCUAGGAGAGCGAGCGAGCGAGCGAGCGGAGGCCUGGCUGGCUGACGGAGAUGGCGGCUGCUGCUGGGCCGCGCUUGGCCUUGCAGCGCCUGGGAGGCGCCUCCCUCUUGGCCACGGGAGAAGGCCGGUCAGUUUUAUUGCCCAGAUCUUUGGGAAGUAUUAACUUCAGCACAAAAGAAAAUGCUGAAUCUACCAAUCCACCACUUAAGAAACCAAAAUUGCCAGUAGGCCGUUUUGAUGAGGCAGAAGAAUCCAACGUAGAGACUGAGCCACUAGAAAAGUUUCCAGAUGACAUCAAUCCUGUUACAAAGGAGAAAGGUGGACCCAAAGGCCCUGAACCAACUCGUUACGGAGAUUGGGAACGGAAAGGACGCUGUGUAGAUUUUUAAAGGAUUCUGUACUCUUAAGAGGACUGAUAUUAGAAUGAUGGUAAAAUUGAUGAAGAGAUAUCACCCAGAUGAGUCUUCUGUAUUUAUGUGCAAUAAUGUGUUAUAUUACUCUUAUUUAAUGACAUUUGAAAGUCUGCUUUCUAUGGAUUAGUACUUUUUAAAAGUUCAGGUUGGGUAUGGUGGAUGUUGCCAUUUUGCAUCGGUGUCCUUCGUUGGGGUGUGAAUUUAAUGGCUGGUAGAAUUCGAUUAAAAGUGAGGUCUUAACCAGACUCAUUUUCCAUGGAAGCCCUGCUUAACUCAAAUAAGAUUUCUAAGACUGAUUUCAUGUGGCCAAAAUUUUCUGUCAGUGCAGAUUGCAGAGUUACUUCAAGAAAAAUCUGUUUAUUAAAUGAUAUGUGAAAAAAACUAUUGUUUUCUUGUGUGUGAAGCAGAUACAUUCUUCUAUUUACGUUCAGGACACAGUCCUGCACAGAGCAUGUAAGUUACCACAUCCUAGAAGGCAUUUUUAAGGUGUUUGGACCAAACACAUUAUCACACAAGUCUCUAAAUAAAAGAUGAAUGAUAUCUA